UUUGCCUUUACAGGAGCAUAUCCAUCUCCGCUGAAUUAUCAUUUCUUCCCAAAGUCUUGCUGCACAUCUGUUAAUGAGGUCAUUUGCCAUGGAAUUCCAGAUGCUAGGAGACUAGAGGAUGGUGACAUUGUCAAUGUUGAUAUAACAGUUUAUUAUAAAGGUUGUCAUGGGGAUCUUAACGAAACAUAUUUUGUGGGGAAAACAGAUGAACUAUCCCAGCAGCUAGUACGUUGUACGUAUGAAUGCUUGGAAAAAGCUAUUUCUAUAGUUAAACCUGGGGUUCGAUUUCGUGAAGUUGGAGAGGUCAUUAAUAGACAUGCAUUAAUGUCUGGAUUCUCUGUGGUGAAAUCAUAUUGUGGACAUGGGAUUGGAGAUCUUUUCCAUUGUGCUCCUAAUAUUCCUCAUUACUCUAGAAAUAAAGCAGUUGGUAUGAUGAAGGCUGGACAGACAUUUACAAUCGAGCCCAUGAUAAAUGCUGGAGUUUGGCGUGAUAGACUUUGGCCUGAUGGAUGGACAGCAGUCACUGCUGAUGGUAAACGAAGUGCACAGUUUGAGCACACACUUUUGGUGACAGAGACAGGAGUAGAGGUUUUAACAGCAAGGUUGCCGUCCUCGCCUGAUGUUUUUCCUUGGUUGAAUUAAUAUUAUCUAGAGCUGAAGUUUUGAUGGAUUCCCGAUUUAACUGUAACCUAACCAAAAGAUCACUCCUCUGCGCUUUGUUUGAGUAUUUAUCUAUGUGGUCCUAUUAAACAGGGGUGUUAUAUUUAGAUUGUAAUGUCAAUCCAAUUAGUAUAACUUUUAUCCUUAACUAGAUUCCUGUUUGAAAUUUUGUUCAUUUCAAAUUUUAGUCACUUUGCUGAAAGUUUAUCCUAAAAUAUAAACUCCUUUGUUGAGUGAUAGCGAGAGCGAAAGUUAAGAUGAA